AUUACGUAAACACUGGGUCGUGAUGGCGUGCUAAUCAGUAACAAGUUCAAUACCGCGCUAUCCUUGAUCGUCGUUUGUUUUGCUAUAUUAACCUAUAUUAUAAUUUUUUGAAUGAUGGUGGUAUGAUAAUAUAAAGUGUAAUAAAAUUUUCUAUAAACGUAAAUCGUACAAGAUGUCGGGUAUUCCGAGAAGAAAAGCAUUCGGAGGGAACAGAUCGAAAGCUGAAAAUGUUAGCGCUUGUUUUCAUCCUCAAAGCAAGGAACAAACUGUUCAUAUUCAAAUUAUUAAACAAGCGAGGAAAAGCGGGCAGCUUAAUUUGACUAACAGAGGAAUGAUCGAAGUGCCUGAUGUUGUUUGGAAUAUUAAUACAUUGACCUUAGAAGAAAAUAAAUCAUUAUCCCUAUCUAUGGAUGAGACUGAUGGUGACAGAUGGUGGGAUCAAGUAGAUCUAACAAAGUUAAAUUUGUCAUCAAAUAGCUUGAUUUCCCUAUCUCCUGAUAUAAAAAAUUUAACUGCACUUAAAGUUCUUGAUCUUCAUGACAAUCAACUUGUAAGUUUGCCAGACACAUUAGGAGAUUUAAUUCAUCUUGUUAAACUUAACCUCAGCCAUAAUCGUUUAGAAUUCUUACCUUAUUCAGUAUUUGAAUUAAAAGAAUUACAGUUUCUUUCUUUGCAACACAAUCAAUUACCAGAAUUAUCCGAUGACAUUAGUAACCUUAGUUUAUUAGAAGAAUUGGAUAUAUCUUAUAAUAAAUUAAAAACUAUUCCACCAGCAAUUGGAUUUCUUUCUCGAGUAAUGGUUUUCAAUCUUUCCAAUAAUUGUUUAACAUCACUUCCUUUAGAAAUAGGUGAUAUGACUGCCAUUCGUCGCCUAGAAUUGACAAAUAAUAAUUUAGCAGAUUUACCAGAAACAAUUGGAAACUUAUUACAUCUAGAACAAUUGUAUGUUCAACACAAUGAUUUAGCAUAUCUUCCUUUAUUUUCAAAUUGUAAUAAUUUAAAGGAACUUCAUGUUGGACAUAAUAAAAUCACUGAAAUACCUUCUGAUGUAUUGGAAACUUUAUUAAAUGUCAGAACUUUGGACUUAAGAAAUAAUAAAAUAUCAAAAAUUCCAGAUGAAAUUACUUGGCUUCAGUCAUUGGAAAGAUUUGAUCUUACUAAUAACAAUCUUUCUGGAUUGCCUUAUACAUUGGGUACUUUACCACAUUUAAAAUCCUUAAGUAUUGAAGGAAAUUCAAUGAGAUCUAUUCGACGAGACAUUAUUCAAAGAGGUACUGUUCAGUUAUUAAAAUGGUUAAGAAGUCGAAUUGAAGAUCCAAGAGUAUUGUCUGCUGCAAGGAACAGACAUUCCAGUGGAGAAAUUGAUAAUGGAGAAUGUGAUAUUCUACAACAUUGUGAUAAAUAUACCUUGAAAUCAUCUCAUUCAUUAAUAUAUUCUAAUAAAGAUAUGAAAGUAAUACCAGAUGAUGCCAUAAAACUUGCUGCAGAAGCAGAAGUUAAUAUUGUGGAUUUCAGUAAAAAUCAUUUAAUAGGUAUUCCUGAUUGUUUUGAACUUUUAACUGAGAAGUUAAUUGAAUUAAAUUUGGGGUUCAAUAAAUUGACAAAUUUACCAGCUUUUCUUGGAUCAUGUCCUCAUUUAACAUAUUUAGAUUUGAGGAAUAAUCAAAUAGAAAGUGUGCCUGAAGAAUUUGUCUCCUUGGAAAUGUUGCGAGAAAUUAAUCUAUCAUACAAUCGAUUUAAAGAAAUACCUCAAGUAUUUUUUCGAUUAAAAAAAUUAGAAAUACUUUUUGUUUCUGAUAAUCAGAUUCAGAAAUUGGAUGUUAAUGGUUUAUCUCAGCUGCCAGUGUUAACUGUUUUAGAUCUUCGAAAUAAUGAUAUAUCUUAUGUACCACCUGAAUUAGGGAAUCUGAGACAAUUAAGAUCAUUGCAACUUGAAGGAAAUUCUUUCCGUAGUCCUCGUACAGCUAUUUUGGCCAAAGGAACACCUUCUUUAUUAGAAUACUUGAGAGACAGAAUUCCACAAUAGAGAAAAGAUUACAUAUAUUCUGUUUUUUUUUUUUUUUUUUUUUUUUAACUUGGGCAAUUUUAUUUAUUUAUCUUAAUAAUGCAAUUUCAGAAAUAAUAUAAAUUAAUUAUAAUAUAUAUUGGUUAUAAGUUUUAUUAAGUUUGAAAAUAUUAUGUUUGUAAAAACUUCUCCAUAUUAAAUGCCUUCUGUAAGUGCCUGAAUAAUAACUGCCAUUAAAAGAUACUAAACUUUAAUAAAUAAUCCUUGCUUUUAUAGGAUUUUUAUGUCAUAAGUUUACUGUAUCCUAAGAAAUAACCCUUAAUUAUGAUCAAAUUGAGAUUACCAUAAUUAUUUUUAAAGUAGUAAUAUUGGAAUAUAUAUGAAAUGUAAAUAGAUAUUAUAUUAUUUACAAUAUCUCAUUAAUGCACUUUUAUAUCAGUUGAAUCAGAUACAUAUAACAUGUGAAAUUUUUUCCACAACUUAACAUAAUAAGGUAUUAAAGCUAGAAAAACUUGGCAUUAUAGAAUUUUAUUUUAAAAAAUUCUUUUAUUAUUAAAAUAUUUCUUUUUAUAAUCACUUUUAAUGUUAAUAAAAAAUGAUGUUGCUUUGUUGAAAUAUGCUAAAUAAUGUUGGGACAAAAUUUAUAUUUUAAAUUUUGAUAGAAGUUUAUUGUUUCCAAACAAUGUUAGUAUAAUUUGAAGACAAAUUAAUAAUAAAAGAAAUAUUUAAAGAUUCCACAAUUACAAUAAAGUUAGCUUUGUUAUAUAUAUGUUUUUAUAAUUCAUUCUGUAGUUUUUGUUAUAACAAUUAAACUAAUUAAUAAAGAAGAAAAAAGCUAAUUACAAUAUCUAUUAUACAGACUUGUCUGUAAAGAAUAUAUUUAUUUUUGAGAUAAUUGCAACAAUAAAUCUUCUCAAAAUAAGCAAUGGUUCUUUUACAGAAAAUUCAAAAUCAGUAAAUUAAAUAAAUUAAGAUUGCAUUGUCUAUCUAAUUUUUCAUUAUUAAGUUUUUGGUACUGGUAGUAUGAAGAAAUGUAACAUUGAAUUUAACUCUGUUUUAACAGAAUGAGUAUAAGUGUUUGAUGAAUAAUUAGAAUAUCAAAUAAUUUCAGUCCAAACCACCUGCGUGAUAGGAGACAUUGUGAGCAAUAUAUUCUAAAAUUAAAUUUGAUUAAACAAACUGAGAUUGAGAUUUUAUUGUUUUUAAAGUAUGAAACAUAAUGGAUCUAAAAAACUUUCAACAGUUAGCAAAAUAUUAGUCAUGUUCAAAUUAUUUGUCCUUACUGAAACUUUAAGUGAAAAUUAUAGUAUGAUAAAUUUAAUACUAAAACAUUUGUUGCUCUUUCAGUUUUUUAUAAUGAAUUUAAUGACAUUUUCAUUGUACAUAUCACUAACAUUGAUAUCUGAGUUUUAAUAAUAAUAAUUUAUAGUAAUUGAGUUUUGCUAAAAUUUCAUUGGUUUAAAAUUGCUUUAAUUAUAAAAACAGAAUCAAAACUACACUAUAGAACAUUUUAUAUUGCUACCAUUAAUAAACUUAUGCCAAAUAUUUAGUUUAAUGAUGAUAGUUGAAUGAAAAAAUCAGAAUGUUAAUAGACAUUCUGAUGAGAAAGUAUUAUUUAAAAAUAAUUAUUCAAUAUGAAAUAACUCACAUUUGUUAUAUAAAUUUUGUUUCAAUGAUCAUUAGCAUGUUUUAUUGAAUGAAUAAUUUUCCUUUUGACACUUUUUUUUAUAUGUACUAAUUUAUUAAAUAAGAAAUAUUGUAUAUGUGAUGCAAUAUUUAGAAUGUUCUGUUAUUUCAACUAAGUGCAGAUAUUUUAUAAUCUGAUAUUUGAAUUUUAUUUUCAAAAUAAGUUUCAUGUGAAAUAUGUAACUGAUAUACCUGUUUAUUCUAGUAGUUUUAUGUGCAAUAUUUGAUUUUAUUGUGACUAUUUUUAUAGUAUUUGUUUGUUAUAUUUUAACUAUUAGAUAUCAGUAUUUAGAUUAGAAAAGUUAAUUUUGCUUAUAAUCUAGAAUGCCUGGUUUCUGUAAAUUAGAAUAGUGAAAUAUUAUUUAUAUUGUAGAAAGUCUAGUCUAACUAAAGAUGAACUUUUCAAAACCAUUUUUGAUGAAUAGUUAGUUAGUCAGUCUUGUUGAUGGUUAAGAUACUUGAUUGCAAUAACUGUCAUGCUACUAACAUUGCCAUAAAGUGAAUUUUGAUGACUAAAAUAAUUAUAUAUAUUUAAAAUGAUAGCUCUAGUUGACUACAAUUGUUUGACUUAUCUAUGCAUAACAGUAUUAUUUUCUAAUAUUUAUUUCAUUAAUGAAAUCCAAACUAAAAAUGAAGUCAUUACCAUUUUGAUUUAUUAUUUUUCAUUUUUUUAAACUUACAAUAUAAAAUCUGUCUUAUAUUAAUUAAAGUAACAUUCUUACAAAGUUUAAAAUAUUAAACAGCUUUCAAAUAAAAAGAAAAUAGUAAAAUAAAUUUUUGUCUAACAUUUUCUAAAUACUAAUUGGAUGAAUAAAACAGAAUUUCAGCCUUCUAUUGGAUAGCUUGACCAUAACAGACCAUCUUCAAUACAGUCUUCAUCAAAUAAAGAAACUCAUCUUUAGUUGAAUGAGGUAUAGUAUAAUUUAAUUUUAUGACUGAAGCCAGGUUUAUUUUAGCAGUUUUCAUGUUAUAAAUUCUGUACAGAAAAUACAUUACAAUUGCAUGUGUCAAUUUUAUUCCAUGACUAUAUAUUUUUGCAAAUUUUAAUUGUACAUAGGGUUAAAGAUUUAAACAGAAACAUAAAUAUUUUAUGAGAAAUUAAUUCUACUGAAUGUUUUCAUUAUUUGUAACAUGGAAUUUAUGUUUCAAAAAUUCAAAUAGAUUCAUGUUGUUGAUUUAUCAAAUAUUUGGAAGUCAUCUAAAAAUUAAUAUUUGAAUCAAGAUGGUAGUCAAAAGCUCAAUUAUGUAUAGAAUAGCAUCAUUUAUAUAAUUUUUUAGUCACUUUACAUAGAAUUUGGUUAAUAUUUAAUAUUAUAUAAUUUAUUUAAAUAAUUAUAAUGUCAUUUUAGAUCUACAUGUAAU